AUGACUCUUAAAAACGAGCCUCCCGCGAUGGAACGAGUUCACGGUGAUAUUCGUCGGUGGAAAAGUCCAGAAUUGUGGAAAAGAGGACAGACUUGUUCCGCCAUCUUCAGCUCCAGCAGCGCCGCGGCUCUGAGGGGGGCCGUGACCAGAGCAGGCCGAUUAUCAGCUCUGAGGGGCGGGCUCAGGAGCUCCAGGGGGCGGGCUCAGGAGCUCCAGGGGGCGGGCUCAGGAGCUCCAGUGGGCGGGUCAGGAGCUCCAGAGGGCGGGUCAGGAGCUCCAGGGGGCGGGCUCAGGAGCUCCAGGGGGCGGGCUCAGGAGCUCCAGGGGGCGGGUCAGGAGCUCCAGGGGGCCGGCCUCUGUCAGACCUGUGUCUCUGGGGUUGUGCUGGUCCCAGAGGAGGAGCAGAGGAGCAGAGGAGCAGAGGAGGAGGAGAGGAGAGGAGCAGAGGAGCAGAGGAGCAGAGGAGGAGAGGAGGAGGAGGAGCAGAGGAGCAGAGGAGCAGAGGAGGAGGAGAGGAGAGGAGCAGAGGAGGAGCAGAGGAGGAGGAGAGGAGAGGAGCAGAGGAGGAGCAGAGGAGGAGGAGAGGAGCAGAGGAGAGGAGCAGAGGAGGAGGAGAGGAGAGGAGCAGAGGAGGAGCAGAGGAGGAGGAGAGGAGAGGAGCAGAGGAGGAGCAGAGGAGGAGGAGAGGAGCAGAGGAGAGGAGCAGAGGAGGAGCAGAGGAGGAGAGAGAGGAGCAGAGGAGGAGCAGAGGAGCAGACACACGGAGACAUGCACCGUGCCCUCGGGAGGAGCGGGCUGGUCGGGCUCGCAGUGGGAGCCACGGCGGGUCUGGGGCUGUUGGCGCUCAUCAUUUACCGGGGGAUGAGGAGGAGGUGCCCGGCUCUUUCAGCUCCAGCGGAGGAGGAGGUGACAGGGGAGAGGAGGCUGAUGGACGGGCUGGAGGCUCAGGAGAUGGAAGCGCAGCAGCAGGCCCUCGCUGCUGUGGAGGCUGUGGUCCAGGGCCUGUCUCCAGACCAGCAGGUGGCGCUGAGGCAGCAGCUGGACCAGGUCCUGUGCUGUGUCACCUCUCUGCGCUCGGAGGUGGCUGAGCUGAGAGGGGGGCUCCAGGACAUCGCUCUGCAGAUCAUCCAGGACGUCAAAAAGGGGGUGGAGGACUCUCAGCGCAGCCGCAGACGUCGGCCUCACGUUCCCAGAGAGCGCCUCGACUCCACCACCUCCAGCUCCGUUUACUUCACGGCGAGUCAGGAGGGGGGGGGCGUGACCAGCACCUACGAGACCAGCGAGGGGGGCGAGGGGGGCGUGACCAGCACCUACGAGUCCAGCGAGGGGGUGAGUCCAGCAAGGGGGGUGAGACCAGCGAGGGGGGGCGAGUCCAGCACCUAUGAGACCAGCGAGGGGGGGCGUGACCAGCACCUACGAGACCAGCGAGGGGGGGUGAGUCCAGCGAGGGGGGGCGUGACCAGCACCUACGAGACCAGCGAGGGGGGGUGA